AUGGCUUCCAAGAUUAUACUAGGACUAGUGCUCGCUCUGCUAGUUUAUGGGGCUGCCGGGGAAAAGAACCCCAGUACCUGCAGUAGGUCGGCUCAGCAAUGCCGGAUACGGAGACUAAGGACUGUGGAGCCAUCCCGGCGGCUGGUGUCGGAGGGGGGUGUGACUGAGGUGUGGGACACAAAUGAGGACGAGUUCCAAUGCGCUGGAGUCGCCGCGAUAAGACACACUCUGCAACCUAAUUCACAGUCUCAGCCUAACUACCAGCCAGCCCCUAUGCUGGUUUACAUUGAACGAGGCGAAGGGUUAAUGGGCCUAACCUACCCAGGAUGCGCAGAGACUUAUGAGUCCCAGACAUCUGAGGAUUUAAGAAGCCGACGGGGAAGUCAAGGAAGGCUGGGAGGCCAAGGAGAGCAACAAAGAGAGAGCAGGAGAACAGACCAACAUCAGAGGGUUCACAGGAUUCGUCGGGGUGACAUCCUUGCCAUUCCAGCUGGUGCGGCCCAUUGGUGCUACAAUGAUGGCAAUCAAGAGCUUGUUGCCUUUGCUGUCAUGGACCUCAACAACCAUGCCAACCAGCUUGACCAGCAAUUUAGGUCAUUUUUGCUUGCCGGUGGGGAGCCCAGGCAAGGGCACCGCGGACAACAAAGAGAUAGCCAUAACUUCCAGAACAUAUUUAGCGGAUUCAGUGCCGAACUGCUGGCUGAGGCCUAUAACAUUCCGGUCGAAAUCGUGAGGAGAAUGCAGGAGAAUGAUGAGCGCGGACUCCUGGUCAAGUGCCAAGAUGAAAUGCGCCACAUUGUUAGAGCUGACGAAGACGAAGAAGAAGAAGAAGGGCAAAGACGGGUAAAUGGGUUGGAAGAAACUGUUUGCACUACAAGAAUUAGACACAACAUGGACACCCGCAGCGAGUCCGAUAUUGUCUCUAGGCAAGCCGGAAGAGUAAAUAUUGUGAACCAACACAAACUUCCAAUCCUUCGACACCUGGACAUGAGCGCAGAGAAAGGCCAUCUUUUUCCGAACGCAUUGUUCACGCCAAACUGGGCCAUGAACAACCAUAGAGUUGUCUAUGUAACAAGGGGUGAGGCCCAUGUUCAGAUUUCAGACGACAACGGGAACAACGUGUUUGAUGAGAGGGUUAGCCGCGGAGACGUUUUUGUGAUCCCUCAAUUUUAUGUGGCCAUGAAAAGGGCCGGAAGCAAUGGCUUCGAGUACGUGGCGAUCAAGACGUCCGGCCAGCCAAUGAAGAGCCCCCUGGCCGGCUACACCUCGGUUAUCCGAGCCAUGCCCAUAGAAGUCAUCACGAACUCAUUCCGGAUGUCCCCUGAAGAAGCUCAACAAUUGAAGUACAACAGAGGCCGACAAAGUCUAGUUCUAUCCUCUAGCCGGACCUCCUCGUAA